UGUCAAGCCUCGAGAGAAGUCUGUGUCUGCCGUGCUGGGCUGUCAGAGCCAACCUGCUCUCUCCAGGAGGUGAUGGGGAUCCCCUCAUUCCUAGCCCUCCCUGCUGCCAGGAGUGACCGAGCUGACUGCACAUCCUGCCAUCCUUUGGGCCACAUGCUACUGUGGACGGCUCUGCUAUUCCUGGCAGGUCUCCCGAAGGCUGUGGUGAACAUUCAGCCUGCGUGGAUCAACGUGCUCAAGGAGGAUGACGUGACGCUGAUGUGUCAGGGGACCAACUUGUAUGAAGGCAACCUCACCCUGUGGUUCCAUAAUGGGAGCUCCAUCCAGAGCCAGAACCAGCCCAGCUAUAGCUUUAAGGCCAGCAGCAAUGACAGCGGAGACUACAGGUGUCAGAGAGAGCAGACCAGCCUCAGCGACCCUGUGCAUCUGGAUGUGAUUUCUGACUGGCUGCUGCUCCAGACCCCUAGCCUUGUGUUCCAGGAAGGGGAGCCCAUCGUGCUGAGGUGCCACAGCUGGAAAAACAGCCCUCUGAAUAAGGUCAUAUUCUUCCAGAAUGGAAAAUCCAAGGCGUUUUCCUAUCUGCGUUCCAACUUCUCUAUCCCACAAGCAAACCUCAGUCACAGUGGCGAGUACCACUGCACGGGAUUUAUUGGGCGGACACUGUACUCAUCACAGCCUGUGACCAUCACUGUCCAAGAACCUUUGUUCUCACGAGUAUGCCUGUUUGACAUCAACGGGAAAGUUCUAGCUUGA